AUGCCAAAACCAAGUCGAUCACCAUUUUAUUUCUAUGCUACUGAAUAUCGAAAUCGUCAAUGUUCUCGUGGUCAACGAAUGAAUAUUAAUGAAGCAAUCAAUGCAUGUUAUGAUGAUUGGAAAGCUUUAUCAGAAAUCGAUAAAGAACCAUAUAAAAAUCAAUAUGAAGAAUGGCGUAUACAAUAUCGAGUCAAUCCUGAAUCAGUAAAUACGUCCAAUCAACAUACAAACCGUAAAAAAGAAAUUUCCAAUGAGAAAAUUCUUAGUGACCGUGAUAUACCAUGUGAAGAAUUAAAAAGACAUUAUGAUCGUUUUAGUUUAGAACGAAACUUUCUAGCAUGUGAAUAUUUACCACUUGAUAAAAGUGAAUUAUUAUCAAUGCCAAUUUAUAUAAUAAAUUUUCAAGUUUUCUGUAAAGUUGAUGAAGAAGAUGGAGGUCAAUUUAUUCCAGCAGAAAUGUGUAUUUUACGUUAUACAUUAAAUGAUGGUGUAACAGUAUAUAGACAAAAGUUUAUAAAACCGGAACAAAUUCCUAUGGGUUAUAUGUCAUCAUGUUUAGAACAUGCAAAAGAAACUCAUGAAAUUCCAAUAAGAGACUUUUGUGAAGCAACAGAGAAUUAUAAAUUAAUUUAUCAAGAAUUAAAAUCUUUUCUAUUUCCAACUAUAAUAAAUCAAGCAAAUAAUAUGUUAGAUGAUGAUGAUCGAACACGUCGUAGAUAUCUUCGAUUAACUCGUCCAUGUAUUUUUUAUCCUGCAAUAGAAUAUGAACAAACCAUUAAAAUAAUCGAUUGGUUACAAGAAAAAGCAGAAGGAAGAAAGCCAACGAAUGAUACACGUUUUGUUCAUCUUGCAAGUAUUGAAUCAUUAAUAAUGGUUUUAGCUAAAUUAAGAAAACAAGAAGUAUCACGUGAUGAUAUGAAUAAAACAUUUCAAAAUGCAUCGUAUUCAUUUUUAAUUGAAGAACGUUGUCCAUAUCAUUUUCAAUUAGGAAUAAGUCAUUGUUCUGUUGCGCGAUGUCAUGCAGCAGCAAAACUUAUUUCAGCUUAUUUAAAUCAAUUAUAUGUCCCUGAAAAACCGAUAAUAACACCAGUAAUGACAGAUAAAUCUUCGCCUUUUUCAUAUACAAGUCAAUCAUUAAGUAAUUCAAGAAGCAAUAGUUCUAUUGGACGACACCAAUCAAUAUCAACAAGACUUAGAACAACACCUCAACAAUUGAUAUCAAAUCAGUGUAAUUAUGUCGAUACCGCUGAUUCACUUGCUUCGUCUUAUUAUCCACCCGAACAGAAAAAUCAUAAUAAUGAACAAGUUAAAAAACUACAACAACAAAAUUUUCAUCGUUUACUUUCAAAUGCUCAGUCUAUGCCAUUAUCAGAUAAUAAUCCAAUAGAUAAUCCUCAACGUACUAUUUUAAAUCAACGUAAACAAAUUUUACUUCAAGCACUUCAAAAUAUUGAUCAACAAAUCGAAGAACUUAGUACUGAAUAA